GCCAUCUUGGCGGUGGAGCGAUGAGCGGGUCGAACCCGAAUGCUGCGACCGCGGGGUCGCAGGCUGGGCCCGGCGGGCUGGUGGCUGGCAAGGAGGAGAAGAAGAAGGCGGGCGGCGGCGUCCUGAACCGACUCAAGGCGCGGCGUCAGGGCACCCCCCACACGUCCGACGACGGCACCGGGGCCGUGGUCACGGAGCAGGAGCUGCUGGCACUGGACACGAUCCGCCCUGAGCACGUCCUACGCCUCAACCGGGUCACCGAGAAUUAUUUGUGUAAACCUGAGGACAAUGUCUACAGCAUUGACUUUACCCGGUUCAAAAUCCGAGAUCUGGAGACGGGUACAGUGCUCUUUGAGAUUGCCAAGCCUUGCCCCUCAGACCAGGACGCAGAGGAGGAGAGUGUCGACGUGGAUAUCAGCGUGGGCCGAUUCGUUCGCUAUCAGUUCACACCGGCGUUCCUCCGCCUCCGGACCGUCGGUGCCACGGUAGAGUUCACCGUGGGUGACAGGCCGGUGACAGGUUUCAGAAUGAUUGAACGGCACUACUUCCGGGAGCGGCUGCUGAAGACCUUUGACUUCGAUUUCGGCUUCUGCAUCCCUAGCAGCAGAAACACGUGUGAGCACAUCUAUGAGUUCCCACAGCUCUCCGAGGACGUCAUCCGCCUGAUGAUUGAGAACCCCUACGAGACGCGCUCCGACAGCUUCUACUUUGUCGACAACAAACUGAUCAUGCAUAACAAGGCGGAUUAUGCCUACAACGGAGGCCAGUAACCGAUAACCGGUAACCGCAGCAGCAGAGCGGCGGACGGGAGGCGCUCUGCUGCCACCACGAGGCACACAGCGGGAACUGCAGCUGCUGCGGUCAGCACCCACCUUGACCCUGGUCCAGGAAGCUGCAGCUGGGCGGCCAUGUUCUGUGCUCCAAGGAGGUGUCAGCCAGCAGUUUCUCUUCCCAGUGUUUGUUCCCUGCCCCUAGUUCACAGAGGUGUGAUAGAGAAGUAAAAGGUUAGGGUAAGGUUCCCUUCCCGGGGGGUCCAGAUAAAAGCUUAUUUGUGUGUAGUCUUAGCUGUGCACUGCUUAUCCUGAGUCAGAAGGCUUGAGCUGAGCUGGGAGCAGCUCUCUUCUCCCUCGUCCCAUGUCGUUGGUUGGCACAGUCUGUCCUUGCCUAUGCAGUUAGGCAAACUGGAAGAAACUUGAAGAGAGACCUGGGCAGGUCAGAGCCCGGGCUAAGGCACUGGGAGGUGGCACCAGAGUCACAGACAAGCUUCUGAGGAGGCUUCUUACCUGCCUUUGAGAAGCCACAGCCAGGCUUAGAGGAGACCAGUGUCAGCCUGAUGGUGCCUUCUGUUCUUGCUCUGUUCCUCUGGCCGUGACUUUUUAACAUGUCCUGCUGUGGCCCUUGUCAGUGUGGUUCACAGUUCAUGGCGUCUCUCGAGUUCAGUGCUGGCUGGUUGUGCUUUGCGCUCCUUACUCUCAGAUGUCUUUGGGGGGAUCUUUACGAUGUCAGUGUUUAGUGCCCAGGAUGCCGAUAGAUCUCUAAGAGGACCGGUGGACUGGCUCCCGGGCUGAUGUCGGGGAGGCACAGCUGGGGCUUUAGAGAGAGCUCACUGUGUACAGUGAGCCUGGAAGAGAGGCUCUGGGCAGGGAUUUGGCUCGAGAGCAGAGUCUCACGGUUAGGAAUGUCCUCCCAUCUGUUUACCUUUCUGCUAAAGUCAUUCCUAGAACCUUCUGCCACAUGGUCUGAGGAAUGCGUGUUCUGAUUCUGCCUUCAAACUGCUGCAUGUGUGAGUGUUUGGGAAGGGCAGCAUAGGCUGAGGUUGCCCGUCAGAGUGCUGCACUUGUGGGCCUCACGCGUCCUCAGAUCCCCACUGACUGACUCCUGCUCCUCUGGCUCCCUAGGUUGUCCCUGUAGGCAGCUCGAGGACUCUGUGGCUGGGUGUCCCUGCGGGCGGCUCAAGGACUCUGUGGCUGGGGUCUGUUUGGCACUGAAUGAAGGGCAGGUGUGCGUAAGACGUCCCUGAGGCACCGCCUCACCUGCAAUGCCACCUGUGACAGGUGAGACCUGAGACCAGGGCCCCAGAGUACUUGAGAGAAAGGACAUACUUUGGUCAGUGUCGCUCUGUCGGCUUCUAGAGCAUUAGUGGCCUUGGGUUUGGACCCAUGCUCUAAAUCUGGCCAGCACCUAGAUUAUUCUUCCUGCUGCACGGGAUUUACCCGCUGAGCUAGGGGAGCCCAGGUGCCCUCUAGUGGGCACCUCCUGACCAUUCCGGCGGAUCUCAGACCUGGGGUCCACUCCAAAUCCAGGUGCCUUAGGUGUGCCUCGGCCCCAUGUGCUGCUGGGAGCUGCGGGGCCGUUGUUUUCCCUCCCCUGCAGACAGACGUGAGCAGUCUCUGCAUUUUCUCAUGGGGCUCCUCUCAUGAGAGUUCCAUGUUCUUGACAAGCUUCCUAGUCUUUGCUCUCUUACAUAGUCUGAGGAUGGAUUUUGGUACCCAAUAUUUAGGUAAAUAUUACUGAGGAUGUGCUUCCUGGAGCUACGUGGCCUUUGCUCAGUGGAGCACAGCCUGGGCUGUACUGUUUCCUGCUUUUGCUUGGAGAGCCCGGGAGAAUGGAGGAGCCGGCACGCUGGCUUGAGAAGGGCUGGAUCCCGUUCCCACCAGCCUGUUCUCAGUGAGAGCCCACUGAGGCCGGGUGCCCGCAUACUGGUGGGAUGGAACAGUCUUCUUUAGCUUCUGAAAGGCCAGUGGUCCAUGUCUGGCUGCUUAGGGAAAUUCCAGCUUUCGUGCCUGACUUGAGUAAACUGGAAAUCAUACUUUGUAAAUAACUGAACCAGCAGAAGCCGCGUCAGAAGUUAGACUGUCCAGGAACACCAUUGGCGACAGUGGCUUCCUGUGAUUCACUGAAAGAGAGAAUUAGUGCUGGAGGUCUGUGUGCCCCAUGCCCAGAUCAGUAAUCUGAGCAGGUGGCAGCCCCGGGGACCUGGUCCCCAUUGGGCAGAGCCCUUCCUGGUGUGAGGUGGGUUCUGCAUGAUCUCCAUCCUGGCCCCAUGCCUUGAGGCUGAGCCGCCCUUCUAAACCAUAAAUGUCGGAGGGAAGACGGCCAGUGACUGGGCUGACACCAGCUGUUGUCAGAUUAGCUCAGUGCUGUCUCAGCCUUCCGAAGCUUCUCCAGCUCUGGGCAUCGGAGUGCCAGUUCCGAGGGGCAGCAGGUUGUCACGUCUGGGAUGGGCCAUAGACUCAGAUUCUGCAGAUAGCCACAUUCCGUGUCCAGAGCAUCAUAGCCACAGGAAGUCUGGAGGAGGUGGGCUCACCUUUGUUUCCUAAAGGAUCAUGUGGUGAUGUCACUGAGUUGUGAAAGUCUAUUUUCCCUGUAAAUCUAUUUUUCACAGAAUAUAAGAAACAUCUCUGUCCUUAAAAUCCUCAUUCCAAAACAAAUCAGGUGAUUCUAUUUGUAUGAGAUAUUAUUUUACCACAAGAGACAGUAAUAAAGAUUUUUCACAAUAUGC